AUGGUCAAGCAGGUGGAAGUUCUAUCUGCAAAGAAGAUAAUGUUCAGUGUGUGCUGUGGUGCAACCUACCACACCAUUGCCCAAGGUUUCUAUGGGAGACCAUGGUCUAUGGAACAGAGGAAACUUCUCUUUCAAUGGCUGAAACGCUGGGGGCUGAACUGCUACAUGUACGCACCCAAGGAUGAGCUGAAGCACCGGCUGCUCUGGCGAGAGCCCUACACAGAACAUGAGGCAGCCCGCAUGCAGUCUCUCAUCGAAGCUGCCCAAGAGCAAGGUGUGGAGUUUGUUUUCGCCAUUUCUGCUGGCCAGGACAUGGUGUUUUCAAGUGCCGGAGAUCGGCUCCUGCUGCAGCAAAAACUGAGGCAGGUGGCUGCCAUGGGGUGCCACUCCUUCGCGCUGCUCUUUGACGACAUCGACCCCUGCAUGUGCCAAGCUGACAGAGACGUCUUCCCCUCCCUGGCGCAGGCUCAGGCCUCUGUGGCCAACGAGGUGUACCAGGAGCUGGACCAACCCUCCGUCUUCCUCUUCUGCCCUACAGAGUACUGCAGCUCUCUGUGCUCUCCCAGCCCCAGCCAGUCCUGCUACUUGCUGACCCUCGGCCAGGAGCUGCUCCCAGGGAUCAGUGUCAUCUGGACAGGCCCAAAGGUGGUGUCACAGGAACUCUCAGCCACACUGCUGGAGGAGGUGGAGGGUAUCCUGCAGCGCCGCCCCAUCAUCUGGGACAACCUGUACGCCAACGACUAUGACUGCAGACGUGUCUUCCUGGGCCCCUACACGGGACGUGCCCCUGGCCUCAUGCCCAGGCUCCGUGGACUGCUCCUCAACCCCAACUGCGAGCUCCAGGCCAACUUCAUCCCCAUACACACAUUGGGCAGCUGGUUUCGGAGCGAGCUGGAGAGCUGUGCCCACCGUGAUCAUGCAGGGAUGGAGACUGCGGCAGCCCUGAGGGACAGCCAAGGCCCACAGGAGGGGAGCUACAGCCCCCAGGAGGCCUUGGAGCUGGCGCUGCAUGACUGGGUGGCUGAGAUAAACCGGCAGGCCUUGGAGCCAGAGGAGACUGGGUCCAGCCCCAUGGCCCUGCUGACCCUGGAGGAGGCUGGGUCUGGCCCCACGGUACUGCUUACCCCCAAGGAGGCCAGGACCAGCCCCACAGCACCACUGACCCCAGAGGAGGCCAGAUUCAGCCCCAUGGCAUCUCUGACUCUGGGGGAGGUGCAGAUGCUGGUGGAGCUCUUCUACCUGCCCUACCAUCAUGGACCACUGGCGCAGCAUCUCCUGGAGCACUUUCGGUGGCUCCGGGCAAACAGCCUCAGCGUGGGGGUUCCGGUCACAGCACCCGAUGACUGUGAGGGCAUGCAAUGGCGCGGCCGAGCCCCGUACUUCCAGCUGCUCUGUGCUCAGACAUGCCGCCUGCACAGCCGCUUCGUCAGCAGCGCCAGCCGGGCGCUGCUCUACGACCUCCACCCCUACCUCUGGGACAUCCGCAACAUGCUGCUGGCUGCCAGUGCCUUCGUCCUCUGGCUGGGGUGCCAGAGCAUCACUGCCCCGAUCUUGCUGGGGGGGGACGCUGAGCCCUGGGCACAUCGUGGGGGCCUCUUUGGAGAGCUGCAGGCACUGCUGCCCGUGGGGAACAGCUGUGAUCUCUUCUACCACCCACCUCCACUCUUCCCGUCCAGCCAGUUGUACCUCCUGCACCCACUGCUGCCCCUGGACAAGGGAGAGCUUUACCGAAUGUGCCAGGAGAGUUUGGACUGUGACCCCAAAGUUGCAGAGAUCCUCGCGGCCCACCCUGAUCUCCUUGGUGACAGGCUGCUGGGCAGCUUCCUGAGCCUGAGCCCAGAGUACACAUUUGGGCUGGAGGAUGAAGGCGGGCCAUGGGGCUACGCAGCCGGAGCACUCUGCGCUGAAGGCUUCCUGCAACAGAGAGACAGCAGCUGGCUGCCGGCCAUGCGGCACAAGUACCCCCGAGACCUGGGCGCAGGUGCGCCAGCUCUGGGACAGGAUGCCCUGGAGGAAGCACUGCUCUUCUUCCACACAGAGCCACCAGCUGUGCCCCUGCCUGUGCUGCGGCGCUUCCCCUCCCUGGUGCAGCUGGGCACAGCCCCCCGUGUGCUGGAUGUGGGGGCCAGCCGCAGCCUGGCUAUCUGCUUGCUGAGCGCACUCAGGGCCAAUGGGUCGCGGGGAGUGUUUUGCCAGGUCAGUGCCGCUGACCAGCAGCAGCUGAGCUUCUACAGCAAGCUGGGCUUCGUCGCCCUGCCAGUGGCCUGGGGCAUCUCCCCUGGUGCUCGGCUCCUGGGACGUCUCCUCUAA